AGUAGGUCAAAUGCAUCUCAUUGAUAACGAUUUGUAUUUUUUUUAUCUCUACAUUUAGAUUAAAAUUCCCCCCAUUCACAAAGCAGAAGAUUUGUAUGUGAUAUUAAAAAGAAAUUAACGUUAAUGUGAAAGAAGAAAAAUGAAGCUAGUGCAGUGUGCAAAAUCUCUGAGACUAUUCCAGUCUUCAAAAGGGCUGACAAACUACAAAAUUUGGGAAAAUGUUGGAAAAUCAUUGUCAAUGUCCAACCAAUGUUGGAAAAAAGAUGAGAAAACAGAGAAAGGGAAAUCUGAGUAUUAUUUACCUCAACUAGAAACUCCAUGUUAUAAAGAAUUUACUCAAACAGAAAAUGGUGGAACUCAGUCGAAUUUUAAAGGAUUAGAAACAGAUUUUCCCUGUUUAACUAGAAAUAAAACAACAGGGCCAGAACCAGAUUAUCAGAAUGUCACGGAAGGUUUUAAAGUUUUUACUUCCACGGAACCAUUCCACAUGCGAUAUAAUAACGGAAUCCUGCCAGAGUUAAAGAUAGCGUAUGAAACAUGGGGAACUCUGAAUGAAACUAAAUCUAACGCUGUAUUAGUAAUGGCAGGUCUAUCAGCUAGUUCUCAUGCUAAAAGUCAUAAGGACAACCCCCUACCUGGCUGGUGGGAGAAGUUUGUAGGACCAGGCUGUGCUAUUGAUACUAAUGAAUUCUUCGUUAUUUGUACCAAUAAUCUGGGUGGAUGUUACGGCUCUAGUGGCCCAUCUACCAUCAAUCCCUUGACAAACAAGAGAUAUGCCACCACAUUUCCUAUUGUUAGUAUUGUUGAUAUGGCUAAAGCUCAGUUUCUAUUACUGGACUUUCUUGGUAUUGAGAGGCUUCAUGCCUCUGUAGGCUCUUCACUUGGUGGAAUGUUAUCAUUGAUGUCUGCUGCUCUGUAUCCAGAGAGAAUGGGCAGGUUUGUGUCAAUCUCAUCGUGUGCCAGUUCUCACCCAUCCUCCAUCGCUAUUAGAUACCUACAGAGGAAGUGUAUCAUGUCUGACCCCAACUGGAAUAAAGGAUAUUACUAUGAUAAACCUGGAGGGUAUCCUAAAGUAGGGAUGAAACUAGCUAGAGAACUAGCUACUAUGACGUAUAGAAGUGGUCCAGAAUGGGAUUUAAGAUUUGGUCGAGGUUUUAUAGAAGAGAAUGAGAAUGUGUCUCUAUGUCCAACGUUUACUAUAGAGAGUUAUAUCGAAUACCAGGGAGAAACUUUUAGUACUAAAUUUGACCCCAAUUCACUUCUCUACAUCUCUAAGGCCAUGGAUCUAUUUAAUAUUGGUGAAGAAUAUAAAAAUACAGAGGAGGCGUUUAAACGAAUUCAAUGUCCAGCCAUGAUUCUCGGAGUUCAGUCGGAUAUUUUAUUUCCAAUCUGGCAACAGAGAGAACUUUACCAGCUACUACAAAAAUCAGGAAAUCCAGCUGUAACUUUCUAUGAAUUAAAUUCUAUUUAUGGUCAUGAUACAUUUUUAUUAGAUUUAAAUGGUGUAGGUGCAGCAGUCAAGGGAUUUUUAGAGACAAAUUUAAAACAAUAUGGCUGGAAUACGAAACAUCAAUUAUAGUAAAACUCUGGUUGAAAGUUGAAUCAUCUUAAAUAUGCCUUAUCUUGUUAAAUAAUCAUCUAACCUUCUACCUUCACGAGUUUGUAUCAAAUUUUGAUGGCACAAUUGAAAAUAUAAUUGAAAUUAUGAUUUUUUAAUGUUUUAUGCUAAAUAAUCACAACUAUGCAAAGGAUUUUUGAUUUUUCAAUUUAUUAUUUUAUCUUAAUUCUGUUGAAAAUUGUUAUUUUGUUAUAAUAAAUGAUAAAAUAAUGUUAAUUUCAUAUAAAAUAUAUCUUUUGUUAAAUAAUUAUUUUAUGAAUUAAUGGAAGAAGAAAUUUAAU